GCAGUGGGAAGGUACGGCCUCGGUGUACCUUGCCGUCAUUUUAACGACAUGGGUAACUUACUACGUCCGUCUCGUCCAGGGGGGAAUCACUCACCUUUCUUUUUCACGACUUCACUCUCACUCUCACACACGCCUUCACGCGCCUUCACGCUCCUUUAAUCUGGCUGCUUUCUUCUUCCUCUCCCACGUGUCGUACCCCGUGUCAUAUCGGCCCCGUAUCCGUCUACGUUCUAUUAAUCCCACCCUUCCCAUGGCCGCGACACCGUAGAUCCCGCUCCUGGCCCCGAAACUCCAUCCUCUCACUCACCAUUACAACUCAAUCGCGUCAUCUACUCGCCAUCCGAUCCGAUUCUCGGCCCACUCCCACUCAUACUCGGCGACCACAGGCUCGAUUGACUGUCUCCAACUCUCCCGUCGCAUCCACUGUCACUAUGGCCGUCGCUACUGACGCCGCCGUCGACAACAUCGUCCCGUCUCCCACCACCAACACGGCCGUCGACGACGAGGACGCUCUCCCCACCGAGCUCAACCUCCUCACCCUCAACUGCUGGGGUCUCCUGCACAUCUCCGCCCUCCGCACCCCCCGUCUUGACGAGAUCGGUCGCCAGCUUGCCCUCCUCACCCCUGCUCCUCACAUCGUCGCCCUCCAAGAGUGCUGGACUCAGGACGACUACCGCGCCAUCCGUCGCCAUACCCGCCAGAUCCUUCCCUAUGGCAAGUUCUACCACAGUGGCGCCUUUGGUGGUGGCCUCGCCAUCCUGAGCCGAUGGCCCAUCGAAGAGAGCACAAUGGUCAAGUAUACUCUCAACGGCCGUCCCACGGCCUUCUGGCGGGGAGAUUGGUAUGUGGGCAAGGGUGUCGCCUGCGCCAAGAUUCGAUUCGGGCCACGGAGGAAGGACGUUAUUGAGGUCUUCAACACGCAUACCCACGCACCCUACGAGCGCGAGCCCAACGACUCGUACAUCUGUCACCGCACCUCCCAGGCAUGGGAGAUGUCUAAGCUCCUCCGCGGCGCCGCUGAGCGUGGUCACCUUGUCGUAGCCAUGGGGGAUUUUAACAUGCUGCCUCUCUCCCUCGCCCACCGCCUCAUCACCGCCCACGCUCCCGUCCGCGACGUUUGGCGCGUCCUCCACCCCAACAGCGCCCUUGGUCCAGCUCACCAUCCCGCCGAGAAGGCUCGCCACAGGCCCAUCCCCACCGCCGACUACAACCUCCUCGAGAAUGGCGCCACCAGCGACUCUGUCUACAACACCUGGCGUUGGACCAAGAAUCAGCAGAACCUUUUGAAAGCCGGAAAGCCUUGUGAUGUGGCUCCGGAUGCGAUCGACCCUCGAGGCAAGCGACUGGAUUACAUCUUUGCUUCCACUGGUGUUGACCCGGAAGCUCCCCCCACAACUCCGGGCUGGAUUAUCAAGACGGCAAUUGUCGCCCUCACCGAGCGCCAUCCCGACCUUCACGUCUCCCUCUCGGACCACUUUGCUGUCCGUGCAACCCUCACCCGGCACACUCCUUCGUCAAUGAUCGCACCGACGUACGCUCGAUCCGAAACCCCCUCCGCCCUACUAAAGACAGGCGCCUACCUGGCCAACAGCAGCCCGGCCAGUAGCAUCCGGUCCGUCCCCAGGGCACUCCCCUCUGAUCCGGACCUGCAGCUAUUCCAUAACCCCGACGACGAACCUCUCCCCAUGGCCGUCUACGACGAGAUCCUCGCCAUGAUCCACAAGUACACCCUUCGCGAAGUUCGUCAGCGCUACUGGCGAGGCGUCCACUUCUUCGUUGCCCUGAUCGUUUGGGUCGCCUGCUUGGUCGGCGUUUGGUUCAGCCCUGCCAACUUUGUUGCCUUCAUCCUGAUGCUUGUCAGCAGUCUGGGAUUAGUCGCCGGCGUUGUGGAUGGGCUCCUUUCGCUGCUCUUCUUUUCUUGGGAGAUCCGCGGCCUCAAGGAAUUUGAUUGGGAGAUUCGCAACGCGAAGGCCGUAGCAUCUGGAGACCUGGUUGCCCUGACUGAGACGGAGACUGGUGGCAGUGCUGCGAUGCGUUCAAAGACGCAAUGAAUCGAAUGUUUGUUGAAAUUGAUGAGUCAUGGAUAAGAAUCAUGAAAGCUGGAAACGUACUUGAUAUCAAAUGGUAAGGAGUAAUGAAUCUAUAGUAAAUAAUGUCUAUUAAUAAUAAUACUGCUGCUGUUGCUGUUAUUGCUACUGC